AAAAACAUCCAACGAAUCCGUCUCGUACGUACUGCCCUCCUCGCUCUUCGCAAUCGGCAGCAUUAUUUCAGAACUACGGAGCGUAGAUAAAGCAAGUGGGCACAACGCAGGCGCAAAAACAAUACAAGUUAGCUUAAAAGCGAAUUCAGUACACAGUCUAUUUUUAAAAAAUACAGUGGACCGAGCUGUUGUCCACCGUACGCGCGAUCGCUCUGUCCAUUCAUCCUGAACCGUCAAGGACACGCUCUAGAGACGCCCGACGCCUGUGUGACGAGGAAAAAAAAGCGUGUCUGAACCGAUGUUCUCAAAAAAAAGCCAUUCUGGUCAAUAGCAGCGUAUGUGGAAGUCACCCAAAGAGAUCAACCUGUCAUCUCACUCCAUGGUCAGUCUGAAGGCGUGCCUAGCGGAGGCUAGAAGCAACCUGAAACUGGGAGAGCCCGCCUUCAAACCUCGUCGCAAGACGACCGUCGAUGUAAACAAGGGUUCGUGCGCGCAACUGUCUCUAUGUAUACAUAACCGGGUGAUGUGUGUGAAUGGGCAUGUGCAUGUGACGUGCCAAACACAUUUGCACUGACGAAUGAAAUUUCGAAAGGCGUGUAUGAGAGGGCCAAGGCAGACGAGGAGUCCACCGUUGAAGUUAAAGCGAGCAACAACAGGCGGAGGACUGAAAGGGAUAUGUAAGUAAGUGCUGUUUUUUUUUUCUCUAGAAGAAACUAAUCAUGUGUGCACAUGUACAAUAGAUUCGACGAAUACCAGAAAAACAAUCAGCUGGUCGAUGCGGAGCGAAAGGAAUGGAUUGUUCAGAACUCAACUGAGGAACCGAUGUCCCUUCAUUGGCUCUCUGAGGCCAGCAACUGUUAUAUGUAUGACGACGAUGAAUUUUUUGAAAUGAGAAGAGAGGAAAAGAGAAAGGCCAUACAUGAAGUCAUUUCAGAUAUGAAGCAAGAAAAAGAAAAGCACCAAACCGUGGAAAAUGAAAAAAUGAAAGCAAGGCAGACGAGAAUGAAAUUGAUACAAAAAAGAAUUCAAGACGCCAAGUCCCGAACUGAAACAGCGUCUGAAAACGGUUUAGAGGAGACGAAAAAGCCAGAUGAACCCGAUCGGAAAAAAAUGAAGGUCAAUUAUAAUAACUCUGGCUGAAAUUUAAAUAAAUUGGGAAACAAAAUUUCGAAGUCGCACAUAGAGAACGGGCCCUCUUGUCUGCGUUAUAAACCUGGUUUUGGGUGCCGACCGCGCAGACGAUGGAGUCGUGCUUGUCUUUUUGGAAUCGGUGCUUGCUUCUUCCUCCCGAUGAUGGCGAUAAGAUUUGUCAUAACUGGCUCAAUUCACGGGGAUUCUUAAACUGGGAGUUGUUUGUAAAGUUGCGUUUGUGGCGAAACCAAGAUUUUAGCAACGACGAACGUGCUGGGUUCCGAUGCUCUUCCAGAGACCUUCUUUCGAUAGCUGAGGCGGCUAGGAAUCACUUGCUCUCUCUUGUGUAUGCCGACUUCUUGAGACUUUAUCAGUCUCUAUUUAGUUGCCCAAAGGAGUUCAAUUUCUACAUCCAUCUAUUCUCUAGCACAAUUCUUGGAUUCAAUGAUCCUCGCACCGCAAUCAUGGUUGCUACUAUCCUCACGAGUCGUAUCGAGAGGUUUGUAUAUAGUCUGGUUAAAGAAGGGGUUGCUGCAGAAGAAGAGAUGCCUCUACCGGAUGAUGGGGACCUCUCCCCCAAUUGUCUUCAUUCCACGGCAGUGACCAAAAUGAGGGACAUGCUAAAACACCAAACGCUUCAACAAAAGCUCACCCCUGACAUUAUUUACGUACUGGAAGUGCUUGUCGGUCCCCUGCAUAGCAUGAACAUACGGAAUCUUGUAUGGCACGGAUUCAUCAUGCCCAGCGAGUUCCCGGCGUCUUUAAAUGCGCUGCUGCUUUUUUUGCUGCUGUCAAUGCUCGAUCAUGUUCGGAACAAGAGGGUGGUCUCUGCUGAGUCCUAUCCCGAUACGAGGAGAGAGAUCAGGAAAUACGAGCGGCUUUUCCCACGAAAUCGAGCGCUAGAAAGAAUCGGUGCUGCCCUCGAAUCAUGCCGCGCGUCGAUCAAGAACUGGAUAAGUCAGUCUGACUUUGUGGUUCCUGGAUGGGAGAAGAUGUGGGAAUUUGGAAUCGAGUUGUUAAUAAAAAAAAGAUAUUACGAAUCUACCAUCGUUUUUUUUCCAAUAUUGGAAGCAAGCCUGAGGUACUUGUAUGUUGCUUUGAAUGACCUUCCUGAGUUCCGGCUGGCUUCGGAAAGUGAUACACUGUGCUUAUCGUUGGACAUCAUUCUGGAGAAGUGGCUAGAUCGAGAAAAGUUCAUUCAGGCGAGAAGAGCACGCAGAAAAAAAAGCUAUCGAGACCCAGGAAGAAGCGAAGAACAGAGGCGCGAAGUUGAAGACUGGGAAUCGCAUUUGAAACAGUUGAAAAGAAGUGAAUGCGAAAAAAGCAUCUAUGAGCUGCAGAAACUGGAGGCGAGCAAAUCGACGUACAACAACUUGUUUCUCAAGUUUAAGCCCAAUGUCAGAAACGCACUGUUUGAUCUUUUGUUCACGGACAGAUUCGGCAAGGACACGAGUCUUCCAGUCUAG